GGGGAUAUAACUGUGCCUCAGUCCUCCUCAGUCGUGCAAUAACGCUUAUAAGACAUAAGGAGAAAGAAAAUGUCCCUGUCGUGGGAAUGCUUCCAGAAAGCGCUCCAAAGCUUUGCAGGGGUGCGCUUUUAGGCUCACUUUUUCCCGUGCCAGGGUGAACUUUAUAUCGAACAUACAUUAACACUUUGUGGCCUGCUUCUCUUCUUUUUUUUUUUUCUUUCUUUUUUUUCUCCACCUCUCUCGCCUUUUGAGGGACUCCAUUUUGAAGAGAGUGGGUGUGCAGACAUGGAGCCUACCCAGCUACUCGUCUAAUGAAAGGGAACCAUCAUGUGUUGUGUUUUUUUCCGCGUAGACUGCUGAAGCUUUUCUCCUUGAGGAAGGGGGGGAUCAUGCAGGUAUGAGUGGACCUUACAAAGGUCCUGAAAGGAAGAGCCAUCAGUCUAGCUGCCCUCUGACCCCAGCCGGCGACCCAUCCGGCCUCUCCAGACCGAGCAACCACAUGUCUGCCACCACCUCCUCUCUCAAACAUACUUCUCUCUACAGUUACAUCCAAACGGACCACUCGUCAUCCACCUCCUCUUCCUACAGUCCCCUCAGGAGGCUGCAGCACCUCACCAAGAUGGUGAGCCAGCCUGAUCUCGUCCUACCGACGAGGGAACCUGAGAGGGGCUGGGAGUGGGGGGCGAAUACGAAGGAUAAGGGGGGAAAGGAGAGGGACUCCUGGGGUGAAUACCGAGAUUUUUCUACUUCCGGGAUUACAAGAAAAGAAGAAUACACCAAUGGCUCUUUUUCAAGGCAGAACCAAAUGGACGUCCAAAAUGAAAAUAAAGACUUGCAUCCUGUUACUUCUAACGAAUCUGCUGUUUCUGAGAAAAAUGAAGAAAAUUCUCUAUCAGGCCCACCUAGCCCUGCCUUUUCUCUCGACAGCAACAGUCCCUUCGCCAACGGCUUACUCCAUUUUGAAUCCACAUUGUUCGAGGCCGACAACAAUAAUGAAGAGCAAGAAGCAGCAACACCCAUUGGAGGUUUGCUGGAUAAACAUGACAAAGCAGAGACUGCUCCGCAGCCCUUUCCUAGAAAUGUACAUUUGGACUCAAAGGACACGGACCUGCCAACACCUAAGGUGGUCACUCGCUCCCAGUCCUCGGGUCAGCGUAGGAGAUACUGGGAUGGCUCAGAAGACGAGUGGGACAGCGACUCAGAACUGUUCCUCUUUGAGGACAGUCCUGCAUGGCACAUAGUGCAGCAGAAUAACCAAAAGAAAAAGCCUCUGCCCCCAGUGAGGUUUGUUGAGGGCGAAAUUGUUUGGGCAAAGUUUAACCGAAGACCAUGGUGGCCCUGUGAAGUAGUGAUGGACCCCUCACUCGGGGUCUACCACAGAAUGAAAGAGCCCAGUGACAGGCCUUGUCGGCUUUACCAUGUCCGGACCUUUGGGGAGCCAAAGGAGCUUGUAUGGGUGGAGGAAAAAUCAACUCACACUUUCCAUGGUGGCUUUGAAUUUGACCAACUACUCCUUUUGCAUCGGAGGAACAAGCAAAGAGAGAAGAGCAGAAAAAACACUAUUCCUAAACGCCUUCAGCUUUCUUGGAAAUCCAGUGUGGUAGAGGCUGAAUCUGCUCUGCCUGGACGACCCAAGAUGACUUCCUCCUUGACUUCGUUUCUAGACCAAGCCCUAUCCCAUAGUUCCCCAACAGAAAAAGAGAAAAAGCCCCAUUCACCUGUUUCUUUACCGGUUUCCAGCGUUUCUGAACCAUCGCACUUAACAAAUGGAUCCACUACAUCUGCAGUUACAACUCAGUCCAAACCAAGCACUUUAAAGAAAGCCUCUAGCAAGAAGAAGCAAAGCAAAUCUGUAAAGGACAUUGGAAGUAAAAACUCUAAAAAGACAUUGCAUUGUAGUCUUGACGAAUCUCACAAGGAUAGCAGAGAGUGCCCAUACUCUGAUCUUGACUCAGUCCCUAAGAUUCUGUGUCCUAAAGCACUUGAACGUCAGCCAAAGCUGCUUCCAUCUCAACCAUCUGUGGCAGUAGUCAAAGAGCUAAAGAAGCAGCCUGAGAUCCAGACAGGUCUUUGGUUUAGUAAAUCAGGAAAAGAUAGGAGACCUAAAACUACCAGUCCAGUACCAGACCGCUCCCUCUUUAUAAAGGGCCCCUCUAAGAAAAAGCACUUAUCCACUAUUACUAAGAAGGCACAAGUUCCUUCUGCCCCGUUGAACAGUGCGGUUUCCAAAGACCAGGGUGUUUUGAUAGACAAAAACAAGUCAGAUAACUGUCCAGAACUUGAACAGUCCAUACCUGAGAAAUGUAGAACCAAUAAGGCCAACCAUGUUGAUAAAAGUGGUAGUUCUGUUGAACUGUCGUCAACUAUGGACAAUCAAAAGACACAGCUGUCAGUCGACAAUACUUGCUCCAAAAAUAAGCAGCCACCUGAGACCAUUACAAACCCUUCAAGCAGUUCAACAGAUAGUUCUGAUAUUAAAAGAGACUCAUAUCCCUCAAAGACAGUCAGUUUAAAUGUCCACUCAGUAUCUUUAAAGGCUGUAAAAUGUGUAAGUCAAACUGAACUUUCGGUGAUAAUAGCUACUGAACAGCUUGAUAUAACUGAAAAACUGUCUGAUCAGGAGAAAGAAGGCAAGAAGACUUUGAUGUCCUGUUUAGCAAUUGAAAAAAAUGAUGCAACACUAGAAAAACAAACAGAGCUGGUCUCUAAAUGCAGACUCCCCUUUGUGAAACUGAUACGAAAGGAGAUAGAAGAUAAGAAUUAUCUUAACCCUAAUUUGAUCAUUUCACCCACUGACAAAAGUGAAUGCACAAAGAAAGAGAAAGCUAAUGUUGAUAAGAUAUCGCUUGAUAAAUCAGACCCUGUAGUCAGCAAACUAAGUUCCACCACAGAUCAAAGUGUACCUUUAAGACCCAUCAAGGUCUCGGUCAAGAAGUUAAAAGCUAAAAGUGAGUCGGGGUUACUUCGUCUGUCUUCUGAAUCACCACCUGGAAAUAAUGCUCUAGCUUCGGUUGACUCUUCUGACAAGUUGAGUAGUCCAGAAGUGGAACAGAUACCAGUGCCAAAGGUUUGCCUAAAAAGCUUGGCUACCUUAUCAACCAAUGAAUCAGACGGUUUGGAAUCUAAAAUUACUUCUGUCUGCAAUGAAACAAAGGUAUCCUCUAACCAGUCGGACAGUAAAGAUGAAAGCAUUUCAUCUGUUAAAGAUACAGCUUCUCCAACUAGAACCUCUCAAGUGCUUGAAGAUAUUUCUCCUCCAAAAUCCAAAACAGCUGUUCACAAACUAAAGCGAGCUAAAGAAGUUAAGAAAGUCUUAAAAGACCAGCCAGCCCAUCUACCGGCCAGCAAUCGGCUAAUGAAUAGAGCACUUAAGGCCUUGCAGGAGAUAGACCAAAAUAAGCGCAAAAAAGCCCAGCAAGAUCCUGAACGAAGUAAACUGGUGAAGAAUCUUGAAAAAGUUGAGGAUCUUGCAUGGAAUCCUGAUCCCAAAAUUGUUAAAUGCACUGAUAAAAAACAUAUAAAAUCUAAUCACAUUGACAAUGGUGAGUAUGAUCAAAGCACCUUUUCUAGAUGUAGCUCCCCUUCUUUGUCCGAUUCAGAUGAUUUUGAAAGUGAUGUUAAAAGUGAAGAUGAAGACAUGUCAGUUUCUUCAACUCCCCCAAUGGACUUUAUACCCCUUACUUCAAAAGUAAAGGCAAAACAUGAGAAUAAGUCCCCUAAAACACAAUCUUCAUCUCCUCCCUCACCAUUUUCCUUCAUGAAAGCCUUUAAGGGUGUUAAGGAGGUUUCCUUUCAAUCCUUAACAAAUGGUAGUGAUGCGAAACCUGUUUCUUUCAAGUCAGACUCAAAAUACCAGUUUAGCACUUUUCUUAUGAUGUUGAAGGACUUGCAUGACACUAGAGAGCGAGAAGGUGCGCCCCUGGAGUUAGAGAUUGGGCCACCUGGUGCACAUGUGAAGGAGGAGCCCUUGGUUAUGCCAGACAAGGCUCCAUCAAAAGGACACGGGCAAAAACUUGAAUGUAGUCUUAGCAAUUCUGACUCAAUCCUUGACAAAAAUGUGGUUGUACAAAACGGAUGUGGUACAGUUGAGAAACCCAAGAGGCCAUAUACCAAAAGGGGCAGCACCCAUUGGCUGAAGAAGAAAACAAAUCGGAGAGUGCCUUUUCAUUCUUUCAAGUCUGGACCUGGUUAUCCAGGACUUGAAUCAGCAGCAUUGACUUCCUGCCCAAAAGCAAGCCUCUCGUCGAUAACCCCGGAUGCACAAAGCAGCAGCAGCCAGGAGACCCAGGUUGGUUGUAACGAAGGCCUGGGUGGAAAAGAAGAGGAUGAGAAGAGGUGGAAAAGCUUAAAGGACAGUCAACAGAUUACUCUACCUUUGGAAAUGAGGGAGAGUCCCACAAUCACCCUGGAACAGUCAACCAGCCUUCUUGGAGAUGGCAUGGGAAAUAAAAAAGGCUUGAUUGAUGAAGCUGGGGAACAGGACAAGGCAUCAGCAGAACAUAAACGAAUACGGAAACCCAGUAAGAGGCUGCUUGAAUGGAAUGAGGAUUACAACCAGAUUUUCUCCUCAAGGAAGAAACCUAAAAGGCCUCUCCAGUUGGUUGAAAAGGCCAACGAAUCUGUCGUUUUUGUGCCUGAGCUUUCGAAUUUGGAUAAGAACAUACCCGACAACUCAUCCUCCUCCUUGCUUCCCGAAAUACUUACACCACCUCCUGAAGAAUUCAUUCCAACUGAGCCUUCAGAACUUCAGAUUCAGAAAGCAGAACACCCACCGAUCCAGGAGAUCCCAGUCCUUUCAAUAGACUCCUUGACUCCUCCUCCUGAAGUUGAACCCUUGCAGUCAGAGGGCAUCGUUAAAAACAGAGUUGCUCCUGUGCUUGAAAAGAAGCGCAAGAGGAAGCCCACGCAGAAGAUUCUGGAAUACUGUCUGGAGGCCGAGGCAUCUACAGUCCCAAAGAAGAAGAUUAAAGCUCUGAAGACAAAUUCAAAUGCUGCCCCUCGAACAGAUUCUUCUCCACCAUCUUCCAAAACCAAGACCAAAUCUCCACCAGCCUCCACACCAGUCUCUGAGGUCACCACCUGCCCACCGGUACCCUCCCUUCAGCCCCAAGCGCCUCCUGUACCCCCUGAUCCGGGGUCCGACCUGCCUGAGCCUGAACAGGUAGAGACGGCUCCAGUGGAUGUUUCUCACUCUGAUAACAGCAUCCAGGAAGACACAAAGGACUCAGUGGAGUCAGAGGAAGACAAGUUUGGACAGGAGCAAAGGUUCUCCGUGAAGGACGACCUGUUGCUGUGUGACGACUCAGUUUUACCUGUAAGGAAGAUCAUAGGUGACCGAGGAGGGCCCGCCUCCAUGAAGGAGAAUGUGUGUCAGGUAUGUGAGAAGACAGGGGAGCUGCUGCUCUGUGAGGGUCAGUGCUGUGGAGCUUUUCACCUGCCAUGCAUCUCUCUAGCUGAGGCACCCAAAGGGAAGUUUGUCUGUCCAGAGUGCAAAUCAGGGAUCCACACCUGCUUUGUGUGUAAGAAGCGCAGCGAAGAUGUGCGUCGCUGCAUGAUUCCUGUGUGUGGGAAGUUUUACCACGGAGAGUGUAUUGCAAACUACGCCCCGACCGCGCCAGUGAACCGAAGUUUCCGCUGCUCCAUCCACGUCUGCCUCACCUGCUUCAUCACCAGCCCCAACAGCUCGUCCAUCUCCAAAGGUCGCCUGGUGCGAUGUGUUCGCUGCCCAGUGGCCUAUCACGCCACAGAUCUGUGCAUGGCGGCGGGAAGCGUUGUGCUUUCCAAUAACAGCAUCAUCUGCCCCAACCAUUUCACCCCCCGCCGAGGCGUCAAGAACCACGAACAUGUCAAUGUCAGCUGGUGCUUUGUGUGCACUGAAGGAGGAAGCCUUCUGUGCUGUGAGUCAUGUCCAGCCGCAUUUCACAGAGAGUGUUUGAACAUUGAGAUGCCCAAGGGCAGCUGGUACUGCAACGACUGUAAGGCCGGGAAAAGGCCUCGCUACAAGGACAUCCUGUGGGUGAAGGUCGGCCGCUACAGGUGGUGGCCUGCGGAGGUUAGCCAUCCUAAAACCAUCCCGGAUAACAUCCAGCGGAUGAGGCACGAUGUGGGGGAAUUUCCAGUCCAUUUCUUUGGCUCCAACGACUACCUGUGGACCUACCAGGCCAGGGUGUUCCCAUACAUGGAUGUUGACGCAAACAGCAAAGAAAAGAUGGGAAAGGGUGUUGAUGCAACAUACAAGAAAGCUUUGGAGGAGGCAGCUGUGCGAUUCCGUGAACUGCAGACAGAAAAGGAACUUCGGCAACUUCAAGAGGACAAGAAGAAUUACAGAAAACCGCCACCUUACAAACACAUUAAGGUGAAUCGUCCAAUUGGAAAAGUUCAGAUCUUAACUGCCGACCUAUCAGAGAUCCCACGAUGCAACUGCAAGGCGACGGAUGAGAGUCCGUGUGGGAUGGACUCGGAGUGCAUUAACCGCAUGUUGCUGUACGAGUGCCAUCCUCAGGUUUGCCCAGCCGGUGAGAGGUGCCUCAAUCAGGCCUUCACCAAGCGUCAGUACAGCCAGGUGGAGAUCUUCAGGACGCUUUCUCGUGGUUGGGGGCUCCGCUGUGUCCACGAUAUUAAAAAGGGUCAGUUUGUGACGGAAUACGUUGGGGAGGUGAUUGGCGAAGAGGAGUGCAGGUCAAGGAUCAGACACGCCCAGGAGAAUGACAUUUGUAACUUCUACAUGUUAACUCUGGACAAGGACCGAAUAAUCGAUGCCGGACCAAAGGGAAACGAGGCUCGCUUCAUGAACCAUAGCUGCCAGCCGAACUGUGAGACACAGAAGUGGACAGUUAGCGGGGACACAAGGGUGGGACUGUUUGCUCUGGUCGACAUCACUGCAGGCACAGAACUCACCUUCAACUAUAACCUGGAGUGCCUGGGGAAUGGGAAGACUGUGUGUAAAUGCGGAUCCCCAAAUUGUAGCGGCUUUCUGGGAGUCAGGCCAAAGAACAACCCUCCAUCUGAAGACAAAGGCCGAAAGCUGAGGAGGAGAGGCUAUGGCAAGAGGAAGAAGAAGGCUGUGUUGACCAAAGAGAGGGAGGAUGAGUGUUUCAGCUGUGGAGACGGAGGCCAGAUGGUUUCCUGCAAGAAGCCAGGAUGUCCCAAAGUCUACCAUGCAGACUGCUUAAACCUCACCAAGAGGCCUGCAGGUCGUUGGGAAUGUCCCUGGCAUCAGUGCGACAUAUGCGGGAAGGAGGCGGCGUCUUUCUGCGAGAUGUGUCCCAGUUCCUACUGCUCCAAGCAUCGCGAAGGGCUGCUCUUCAUCUCCAAACUGGACGGGAAACUGUGCUGCAGUGAGCAUGACCCCUGUGGUCCGGAGCCGCUGGAGCCGGGGGAGAUCCGGGAGUAUCAGCCUGAACCGGGCGCCCUCACCUUGGGGCUGGGCAUGGCCGUCAUUCCCUCCAAUCCCGCCAACAACGCCAGCCGCCUCAGCCGGACUGACAGCACCGGUGGCAGAGACGUGAAGGAGGCCAGUGAGAGUCCGGAGGCGUUUUCUUCCUUUUCCAUCCCGGUGCCCAUCACCAUCCCCGUCGUAGGUGCCGGCACCUCGCCGUCUAACAGCAGCUCCGACGCUCCCAGCAGCCCGCAUGUGCUGGACCUCCCACACUACUCUCCCAUCUCCUCCUACGAAGAGGAGAGGGACGUCCUGGAGGAAGACGAGGAGGAGCUGCUGGCAGAGGAAGAGGAGGAGGAAGAUGGGCUAGUGGAUGAAGGGGAACUAAGCAGGGACUCUCAGGUGGAAGAUGACGAGGACGUAGGGCUGGAAUACCUGGAGCUCAAAGACGAAGAGGAAGAUGACGAGGACGACUGAUGUGCACAGAGAUAUUUAUAUUCAUGACUCCGAGUCACUACAGCACUUGAAGCUUGAUGAUCCAUUGGAUUAUUUAGAGGAUUUUAGGGCGAAGUAAAAUCAGAAAAGUAUAAAUGAAUUGACAACCUAUAAAUAAUAAAGUUAAAAACAGAAACACUAUAUAGAUUUAUAGGUAAAGUAUCGUAUAUCCAUCAUCCUCACAGUUAUGAAGUUCUGUCCUAUUGAUCCCCCUCUUACCUCAUUAUAUCACACUUGCACCUUCAUACCAGAGAUUUUGAAAAGAUGAUCUGUGAGGACUCCAGAAUCUCUAAAACAUCUUUAAUCAAAGUGUUUUUGAUCUAUUUUUUAUUUUUAUCCAGAUCACCUGCUGCUUUUUAGUCCUUGUUUAAGGAUUAUUUUAGGUUUCAUACACGCCAGAGAGACGAGACAGUCGACCUCUUCAUUUUUUAGCUUGUACAGCCUAAAUUCACAGCUGCUCCCUGUUCCGAAUCAAGAAGUCUCCAUUAAUUAACACUUGGACUGUUUGCAUUCUUUUUUUGUAGAGGAAAAACUUUAUCUCCUCAACAUGGCUUCACAUCUCUGCUGGACCAAACGUCAUCGUUGUGGACUUCUUGGGAAAUAACUGCUGCCAAAACCUCCAAAAAAAAGGAGAUCAUGUCAAGAGUUUUAAACACUGGAGUUUCUACAACCAUCAAAUCUCCUUUCUUUUCCACUCCGUAGCCCGUUGGUGCUUCAUGACGGAGUGAGAUUACACCAGAUGGUCGGCUGCCAGCCAGAUAGCGCUGGCUUUGUCUUGUUGGUUUAAAAAUAAUAAUGCAUCAAGUUGAUAUAAUUCCGUUUUUAAUAGGUUUAUAUUGUGUCAGACUGCAUUUGACCAUUUCAUGCCAAAAGUACAUAACCGAGAACUUGAAUUCAAUAACGUUAGUCAUGAAAUUUUAUUUUAAAUCACAAAGUAUUUAACACUUGAACUUUUAAACAUUUUGUUACCCGACAACCACAAACCUCUGUGUAUUUUAUUUGGAUUUUAUGUUAUAAACCAACACAACAAAAGGCAUAUUUAUGGCGGUGAAGAGCGAGAACGAAUGGUUUUCAAAACGCUGUAGCUUUUGUUUGUAUUUGGACAGUACUAAAAAGCAUCCCCUCAGCAUGAUGCUGCCACCACCAUAU